CUCCAGAGGUCAGCAAUCCGCACUGAGCUCCUUAGUCUGGGGCCUGCCCAAUGGGCAGAGAGGACAAAGCCCUCUGACAGCUAAGAAUCAGAGCCCUGGGCACAGGGCAGCAGCUCUUUCUUUCUCACACACACACACACACACACGCACGCAUACAUGCAUGCAUGCACACAUACACUCAGAGCACAGGCCUCAUGUGGGGCUGUCCCAGGAGGGUCCUCACACAGAAGGGCACAGGGUAGUGGGGAGGGCCUCCCAGGGAGAGACUAAUGGCCCAGAGGCAGGAAGGGAGCUGUGAAGAGUUCAACUGCAAGGGCAGCAGGGCAGAGGCCAGGGCCACUGAGGCAAAUGCAAAACAGCGGUUCUCACGUUGCCAGGCAGCCUGGAGGGGCUCGGAGAGGCCACCAUGUAGCCCCAUUCCCCUCUCCUGCCCACCUUCCAGGGGUGCUGCUCCUGUUGGCUUGGCAACUGUGCUGUUGAUGGUCCUGGGCCUCCUGCUGAGUCCCUCCCUGCCCCACGCCUGCCCCAUGCAGGCUUGGAAGCCUUGGUGGAGAAGCCUGGGACAGCCUCAGGUGCCUGCUGAGUAUGUGAUCCUCAGGGACAGCCUCCCGUUCUAUGAAGACCUUGGCCCUUGGGGAUCUGGGGAAGGAGCUGACUCUGAGAAGGCCAUGAGCCGGGGCACAGGGGAGCCGCUCCUGUCCCAGACCCUGGAGGACUUCAGCGUCCGCACACUCUAUGACAAGCUCGAGGACCAGAACCUGCAUGUUGCGUCCCAGCUGAGCAAGCACAGGAGUGAUGCCCUGGACUUCUACAGGGCCACUGCCCAGCAGCUCCAGGGACUCCAGGACUUUCUGCAGGCCUCAGCAGGACUGAGCUGCAAGCUCUGGGCAGGGGUGGAGACCCUGAGACAGAUCCCAAAGCCACUGCCAGGGCAAACACUGGGCAAAGCCAGGAACCAUGGGACGGCCACACUGCAGCUUCUCAAAGGGAGUGCCAGCAGCCUCCUCCAGAGAAAGAUAAGGCAGGUGGAAGACGCUUUGGAGGCACUGAAUGAGGAGUUCUUCCAGCUCACUGUUCAAGCCUUGGAGCUCCAGAAAGAGGAGGAGAGGCCAAACCCACUGCCUCCAGGUGAAGGUGGCAUGCUUGUGGUGGCUCCCAGCAUCUUCCCUUGUGAGUGGCAGGAAGACAGAUCUAACCCACAGGAGGCAGGUGGCCCAGGUGGAGAGAAGCUGGGAAUCUGGGCCCUGAAGAGUGACAAGGCUCUAGAGCUGGAAGUGAGGAGAGUUCACCUGGCCCAGAGGAUUGAGGACCUGGAGUGGGACCUGUCCCUGCUCCUCCAAGUGGCUGCUGGCAGCUCAAGUGCAGGAGGGAGUUGGUCCAGCCAACACGCCAGCCCGGGGAGCACUGAGACACACGGGAUGCUGCAGUGGCCACCUGUGGGAGGUGUCUUCUCCACUGGGAACACAGCCAGGUUCCCCUGGUAGGAAUGAAUGGGCACCUGAGCUCACAAUGUGUGCUGAGUUUAUGAUAUGCUCCUGCAGGGAAUACUUGGAUUUCUUUCAGAGUCUGGACCUCAGCUUGUGCUGCAUUCUGUCUUUGAUCCUUUGGGGU